AUGGUAGCCCUUACUCGUGCUCUCGAUAUCAAGUCAGUUCAACGAGACACUCUUGGUUAUAUCAUGUUUCCUAUGCCUGAAUUCUGCGGCAGGUUUAAUGUCGGCAUAGUUCAUUACACGGAAAUGGUGGAAGUAUACGAGCAAGCAGAGAAAGAGAUCAGCGAAGCCUUGAUAGGAGCUUAUCGUAAUGGUGCGUUCAUGCAAGUUCCGAAUCUGGUGUCAUUAGCCGAGAAAAUGAGAAAAUCGGCGAUGUCUGUUGCGGCUAAUGAGUUGCAUAGAUAUUUGUCCGCAUUAUUCGCUAUUGACAAUCUUGAUGAAGCACUGAAUACGCUUCAUGGCAGCGAUGAUACUAUCGAAUGGGAUUCGCUGACGGACAAUCGUGAUCUUGGCGUCAUUCCAUCAUUCGAGCGUGAUAAAAAUGAGAUUUUGGAGGACUUGCGAAAAACCACUCAGAUGGAGUUUGUAACAUCAAUAAAAAAAUCAUUUCAGGUGGACAUGACUCGUCUCAGGCACUAUCUUUCACAAGCAGUUGGAUCGGCUGGAGGAGCUAAAGGUGCUGGAGCUCAAGAAUUGGGUGCUGAUGUCACUCUGCUACGAGUCCAUUUAGAGCAUUGUCGUCAAACGUACCCGUCGGAUAUGUCACAGGUAAUCAUCUGUAGUGCUAUUUGGCUUGAAUUUAUUGCAUUUUUUGCAAUUCUUUUUUCUACAACUUGUCCAAAGGCGUGUCCCCUCACUCGUUUUCUAGUUUUUCGCCAUUUCGGAGCCUUCUUGCCAUGCUGUAGCCAAAUGUAGGC